AUGGAUGGAAGAGAAGGAAUGUCAUUACCUGGUUCAGCUUCAUAUUACUUCAAUAGAGGAGGAAUUGGGGGGUCUGGGGAUUCAGCACCAGGUUCUAAUGCACAGUCUGCUGGUAGAGGUUCGGGAACUUUUCUGGCCAGUGGUGGGAUACAUACCCCAACCGGGUUCAAUCCUGUUUCGAAUCCUAGCAUUCAACUUCAACCCAAUGUGGGUGCUAGUGGGGGUGCUAUGAGUGGUUCAACAUUCCAUGUUGAGAACCCAUCUCCCAUUUUUCCCCGUAGCAUUACCAAGGGUGACUUCUCUAGUGUGUCGACUAGUGGUGAUCCGGUGAAGAAGAAGAAGAGGGGUAGGCCUAGGAAAUACGGUCCCGAUGGGGCUAACAUGACAUUAGCAUUGUCUCCUGCCUCCACAUCUUCCACAGGAGGUAUUGCCCCAGGUGAGAAAAAAAGAGGGCGGCCGCCGGGGACUGGAUGGAAGCAGAAGCUGGCUCCUCUUGGUGAAUGGAUGAACAGCUCAGCUGGAUUAGCUUUUACUCCGCAUGUCUUACAUAUUGGAGUGGGAGAGGAUGUUGCAGCCAAAAUAUUGGCGUUUGCACAACAGAGGUCAAGGGCUUUAUGCAUCUUGUCGGCUAAUGGAUCCGUUUCUGCUGUGACACUGCGCGAACUGACCACUUCUGGCGGCACUGUCACAUAUGAGGGCUGUUUCGAGAUAUUAUGCUUGUCGGGGUCUUAUUUGCUUGCUGAAAGUGGUGGUCCUCGCAAUCGGACUGGCGGUAUGAGUAUUUCGAUUUGUAGCCCCGAUGGACAUAUUAUUGGUGGAGCAAUUGGUGGUAACCUCAUUGCCGCAAGUUCAGUGCAGGUGGUUGCAUGUAGCUUUGUAUAUGGUGGUUCUAAGGAAAAGAACAAAACACAUUCUGAACCAGAAGACGAAAAAAAUCCUGCAGACGAGUCUGCUGAGAAGUCAUUAACCCCAGUUGGCGCUGCUUCAAGUCAAAAUCUCACUCCGAAUUCUGUAGUUUGGCCACAAGAUUCACGUCUUGAUAUGAAAAAUUCCCAGGCGCAGAUUGACCUAAUGCUCGGGUGA